AUGGUGUUGCAGGUCCGACAAGACCAGAUAGCGUCCGAGGUGUGGAAGGGCAAAGACAGGGUCAACUUCCUGGUCAGGCUCGGGCCAUCAAAUGUGCUGAAAGGACGGGAGGCCCGGAUUAUCGAUGCCAUCGCGUCCAACAUUGGAGCGCCGCAAGCCUUGUAUCAUGUUGCCAGCCGGCUCUGUACGGCCAAUGGCACCGUUGAACUAGCGCUGGUGAACGAGUACAGUGUCCAGGACACGCAACACCCUCCCCCCCUGGUUGACCUUCACAAUUACGUGUGGAAUCACUCCACGAGGUACCAGCAUGAGAGCCCGGCGAGUUCCGUCUCCGUGAUAUGA